AUGAGCUGGAGUAGGGUGUUGAAAUCGGCGCAGGCACUCGCGGCUCAUACUUUUCUCAUCUGUUUCACUCUCUUGCUCCUUCUCAAGCUUGAUCAUCGCAUCUCUUCCUCUUGGUGGAUGAUAUUUUCUCCUCUUUGGAUGUUCCAUGGCGUUGUGGCUCGAGGAAGGUUUUCAUUACCUGCGCCCUCAGCUCCACGUAAUCGACAUUGGGCGCCGUGUCAUGCCGUUGUUGCAACGCCAUUACUUAUUGCGUUUGAAUUGCUUCUUUGUAUAUAUCUCGAGAGCUUAUAUGUUCGUGGCUUUGCAGCAGUAGAUCUGAAGAUUGUGUUCCUUCCUUUAUUAACAUUUGAAAUCAUUAUUCUCAUUGACAAUUUCAGAAUGUGUAGAGCUCUAAUGCCCGGGGAUGAAGAAAGCAUGAGUGACGAAGCAAUAUGGGAAACUCUUCCUCACUUUUGGGUUGCCAUCUCUAUGGUUUUCUUCAUUACUGCUACCAUCUUCACACUCCUAAAACUGAACGGUAGUGUAGCUUCUCUCGGUUGGUGGGACUUGUUUAUUAACUUCAGUAUUGCCGAGUGCUUUGCGUUUCUUGUAUGUACAAAGUGGUCGAAUCCUGUCAUUCAUAGAAGUUCCAGAGAACCGAGUUCUACUACUACUAAUACUACAGUUAGAUAUCUUGACUUGAACAGUGGUUUAAUGGUUUCUUCAGAAGGGGAUCAACGACAGGCGAGAAUAUGUAGCCUGCAAGACAUAGGUGGUCAUUUCAUGAAAGUGCCGAUUAUUGUAUUUCAGGUUCUUCUCUGCAUGCAUUUAGAGGGAACGACUGCAUUUGCUUCACAUUUAUCUCUUGCCGUUCUUUUUUCUCCCCUUUUCGUACUGCAAGGUGUUGGCGUGCUGUUAUCUGCAUCUAAAUUUGUGGAGAAACUUGUGCUUCUUCUACGAAGCGGAGCUGGUGGAGGAUUUUAUUUUAGAUUCUCUUCAAGAGCUCACGAUUGCUUGGGGUUCUUGCACCAUGGUUCUCGAUUAUUAGGCUGGUGGUCGAUCGAUGAAGGAAGUCGGGAAGAACAGGCCCGAUUGUACCAUGAGGGAGCAUCUGGGUAUAAUACAUUCAAUGGUUACCCUCCUGAGAUUGUUAAGAAAAUGCCUAAAAGGGAUCUUGCUGAGGAGGUGUGGAGACUCCAGGCUGCUCUUGGCGAGCAGACGGAAAUUACAAAAUACAGCCAACAGGAAUAUGAAAGACUUAAAAAUGAGAAAGUGCUGUGCCGAAUUUGUUUCGAAGGAGAGAUAACUGUUGUAUUGCUCCCAUGUAGACACCGUGUCCUUUGCAACUCAUGCUCAGAGAAGUGCAAGACGUGCCCGAUGUGCCGCAACUAUAUCGCAGAGCGCUUGCCCGUAUAUGAUGUUUAG